AUGAAGCCGGCAGAGAGCGACGGACAGCCCUGUGUGCUCAGCAUAGCCCUGUGUGCUCAGCAUAGGUACGGACAGCCCUGUGUGCUCAGCAGUAGGUACGGACAGCCCUGUGUGCUCACUCAGCGUAGGUACGGACAGCCCUGUGUGCUCAGCAGUAGGUACGGACAGCCCUGUGUGCUCACUCAGCGUAGGUACGGACAGCCCUGUGUGCUCAGCAGUAGGUACGGACAGCCCUGUGUGCUCAGCAGUAGGUACGGACAGCCCUGUGUGCUCACUCAGCGUAGGUACGGACAGCCCUGUGUGCUCACUCAGCGUAGGUACGAACAGCCCUGUGUGCUCAGCGUAGCGAACCACACGGUGAUGGAGGAGGUGAUGGAGGAGGUGAUAGAGGAGGUGAUGGAGGAGGUGAUGGAGGAGGUGAUGGAGGAGGUGAUGGAGGAGGUGAUGAUGGAGGAGGUGAUGGAGGAGGUGAUGGAGGAGGUGAUGGGGGAGGUGAUGGAGGAGGUGAUGGAGGACGUGAUGGAGGAGGUGAUGGAGGAGGUGAAGGAGGACGUGAUGGAGGAGGUGAUGGAGGAGGUGAUGGAGGAGGUGAUGGAGGAGGUGAUGGAGUAA